AUUAUACACCUUGCACUGACCACUAUCAGCGAGUCCCACGGGUCCCCGAGUUUAAUGACAACGAGUUUCCGAUGGCAGCGGGCUGCAAAAUUGCAAUUUUAAUCAUAGACGUAUAAUAUAACAUUUUCAUAAUAUUUGUGUACUGUGAUAAGUGAUAACACUAUUUGACAAUAAAUUAAUAUAAUAUUGUCCACAUUAGAUAUUAUUGAACCUGUUAUGAAUAAAUCGUAGUUACUAAGAAUCCAGAAUUCCGACUUGUGCACCAUUACAAUGCCUGAGAAUUAUGGCUGUGAUCAUUGUGAAAAAACAUUCACAAAUCGUCGACACUAUGAUCUGCACGUUGACGGUCAUUUGCGCAACGUUUGUCGUGUUUGCGGAUCAUCAUGCAACAGCCGCAAGAUGUUGGUCGCUCAUAUGUCUACAGUCCAUGGAUCCAAAUUGGAACCAAUUGUGUUGAAUUGUAAGUACUGUAUGAAAACGUUUGUUCAAAAACGUUCGUUGCACUUGCAUUACAAGACUGUGCACAAAAACACGGGUACUAUAUGUCUUGAUUGCGGACAGCCGUUUGACAGCAAACAAGAACUUGCUGAUCAUGUAAAAACAAUUAAGCACGGCGAUGGUUUCAUAUGCCACAAGUGUGGGGAAGUAUUCACCCGAAACCAACAAUAUAAGUUACAUUUACAAAGGCACGAUGCAUACUGUUGUUUCAAUUGCAAUGCACAAUUUGCAAAUUCUAAAAAGUUGAACAAACAUUUGAAAUUGUGUGUUUCAAUACCACCGACCGACAACUAUUCAAAAAAUAAACAGUCAACCACAGGUGUUGUAUAUGAAUGCAUUGAGUGCAAAAAGUCGUUUGAGAAAAAAAAAUAUUAUAAACGCCAUAUGAAAACAGUCGUUCACUCAGGUAAUAAAGUCGAUAAUCCAUUUUAUUGUGCCCACUGUCCAAAGAUAUUUUAUUAUAAAUUUAAUUUAUCAUCACACAUGAAACAAGUUCAUUUUAAACAGUACAAUAAUUAUAUUUGUAACUUGUGCGGGCGAAGUUUUCAGUAUGGAAACAAUUAUAAAAGGCACAAAGAUUCUCAUAUGCAAGUCAGAAACUAUGUUUGUGAACAUUGUGGUGCUUGUUUUUAUCGCAAACACGCUUUACAAGAUCACCAAAUUGCUAUACAUAAAGAAGAAAAAAAUUUUGUUUGCAAUGUAUGUGGUGAUAAUUUUAAAUUAAAAUCAAUUUUAAUAAGGCAUAUGAAAAAUCAUUCUGAAACCAAAAAAUAUGUGUGCCAUUGCAAACGUAUAUUUAAAUUUGCAUCCAAUUUACGACGUCACCAAGUCAACAUCCACAAUCAAGUAUAUACUGAAUCUGUUAAAAUAAAACGCUUUGUGGAAGAUAAUAGCCGUUCGUCUCCUUUGGCGGUCAUGAACGAAGAAAAAGAAAUACAAAGAUUGAAACAAAAAAAUAUCAACCCCCUUCGAUUAGAAGACAGUGUAUCAUAUUCAUUGAUGGCAUAUCAUGAUAACUUAGAUUUAAGUAGUGUUGAUAUAGCAGAAAGUGUACUUCAAGUAGCCUCUGCUUCAAAUUACAAGAUAGAAUGUGAAGAAAAUUCAUGUUUUCCUGGAAUUCAUCCUCCUAUUGAAACAUCUCUAGUAUGCAGCUUAAAUGAUGGUGUAGAUUUGUCUCCUAAUUCUUCACAGCAAUACUUAUCUGAUUAUGUUGUUCCACAUCAGUUUCCAUUUUUGAAUAUUUGAAGUAUUUCAAUGUUACAAAAUUGCAUUUAGGGAUGUUUAUUAAUGAUGAAACAAAUUUUUUGUGAUGUAAAAUUAAUAUUGUACAAAAUAUUACCAAUAUUAGGGUAUUAAGUAUGAUUUAAUUUCUGUAGUCUACGUGACUUCUUAUGCUUAAUAUCUUACUUAUUUGGUUUUAUAUGAAAAAUAUUAUUUAGCUAUUAUAAAAAUGAGUGGCGCUGAAGUGUUUAAAAUAUACAAUAUAUAAUAUUAUUAUAUUGUCUAUAACAUCGUACAUCAAGGGGCCCCCACCACCCUACUCUUACUACAAUAUUACAAUAUUAUAUACUCAUGGACCAGGGUCGUUAUAGUUAUAAUUUAUACAUUACAUAUUGGAUAAUAAAAGAAAAAUAUUUUCUCAUUAAGUAUCUGGUUGGUGUUUGUACGGUCUUCUAGAAAGAUAUCUUGUGGUAGGCGCAGUUCUAGCCUAAAAGUGUAUGUUAUUUCUCCAAAUUUUGAAUUGGGUAGCUUCUUUGGUUUUCUCUUGAUUAUUGUGAAUGUUUUUGAGUAUAAAGUUUAUAAUAGUAUUACAGAUAUGAAAAUUGACAAAAUGUAAAUUAUCUUCUGUAGGCUACAACACCACUUUCCUCAACUUAAGUCUUUACUGUAAAAUUCACAAUAAGACUCCAUAAAAUAAAUAUAAUUCUGGUUUUCUUACAUUAUUAAAAAUAAUACAUUUUUAUCAUUUAUUGUUCUGUUAUAAUAUUUCAUAAAUAUAGGCUAUUUAAAUAAAAAUAAAAAAAAUUAGCAAAAGAAAAUACCAAUCGUAAAACCAACCUUGUUUUGUUUAGAAUCUAAAAUCCAAAAAACUGUAAACUUCUUUAUGAUGAAUAUUUUGAGCUUAUUUUUCAAAUUACCAAAAUAAAUGUCAAGAAAUAAAAUAUUAUAUUUUGGAAAUAUAAAACAGCAUGUAGUAACAAGUAUACAAAUAAAGACUGAAUAUUGUUUAACACCUUAAAAACUGAAUUAUUAUUGUAUUGGAUUAGUAAAUUGUGUUAGAUUAAAAAAAAAAAUUUUGGUAAAUUGAUGAACAAGAUUCUUUUAACAUAUAUUAAUUACAUUUAAAUGUAUUAUUUUGUUUUACUUAAAAGAGAUCUGUUAUUUAAUAAAAAUCUGUAUUCUUUAGUUAAGACUUGUAUGUAUUAAUUUUAGUCAGUGGUCUCCAACGGCUUCAACUAUGUUUCGGCUGAGAGCUUGUGCGCUACCUAUUAAAGAUAUAUUAUAUUGUAUAUAUUUUAAUAUUAUAUUAUUGUUAAAUAAUUGUAUACCUAAGCGAAACGUUUAUCAAAAUGAGUGUGAAAACCCCUGUUGGUAAUUUCAAAUCUUAUAUAAUAAAAUACAAUUUUAUGAGUUCAAUGAACAGUUAUCUAUACUAAAUCAAUACUCAUUUUGAUAAGUGUUUAAUUUUAAUUUUUCAACCAAAAUUCAAUUAAAAUUGAAGCCAACAAAUUUUAAAUAAAAUUGUCUUUUAUCAA